CGUCCGCCAUUUCAGUUUGAGAGCUAGAUGUGUUGAGCGAAAGAGGUUAUAUUUUAACAAAGAAAGUUGUAUACAGAAGAAGAAGGAGUUUGCAAGUUAGUUGUUGUUACUUUCUGAGCAAAACUAAUAUUUUUUUAUUUAAGAAAGUGUGUGUAAAGUGGCAGAGUGAAGCGGCCCGAUGCUGUUUUGUGUUUUCCGAGCAGGAGCUUUCUGUGGGAGCCAAAGUUUUUGUAUGAGUUGAGUCCGGGUCACGGACUGGAGUGGAGACAAGCGAGGCCUGGAAGAAACCCUUAGGUAGGACUGAAUUCAGCCAUGGCUGGUCAUUUUGACGCCGAGGACCGUGAUAGCUGGUACUGGGGACCUUUGAACCGUAAAGACGCUGUGUCGCUGCUGCAGGGCCAGAGGCACGGAAUGUUCUUGGUCAGAGACUCGACUACCAGUAAGGGGGACUAUGUGCUCUCCGUGUCGGAAAACUCCAAAGUCUCGCAUUAUAUCAUUAACAGUGCUAGCAACAACCGACAGUCUGGAACAGGUUUGGCUCCAUCUCGAUUCAGAAUCGGUGACCAGGAAUUCGACACACUCCCAGGCCUGCUGGAGUUCUACAAGAUCCACUAUCUGGACACCACGACACUCAUUGAACCCAUUUCGGCACGUUCCAAGCACGCCAGCCUGAUCGGACCGGCGCCCGCCGGUGUCCCAGCGAGGCAAGAAGAGGCCGAGUUCGUGCGCGCGCUCUUUGACUUCCCAGGCAACGACGACGAGGACCUUCCCUUCCGCAAAGGUGACGUGCUGCGUGUGCUCGAGAAGACCGAGGAGCAAUGGUGGAGCGCUCAGAACGCCGAUGGACGCAAAGGCUUGAUCCCUGUGCCCUACAUAGAGAAAUACAGACCUGCCUCGCCGACCUCUGUAGGUGGGAGUCCUGUAGGGCAGGUGGUGUCCGCCGUCGUGGAUGACAAUGGAGCUCUGGUUCCUAGCAAGCUGGAUUACGCCCAUCCUGUGGUCAACACGCCGCUGCCCAACCUCCAGAACGGCCCUGUGUAUGCCAGGGCAAUCCAGAAGAGGGUACCCAAUGCAUAUGACAAGACUGCCCUCGCACUCGAGGUGGGCGACUUGGUGAUGGUAACGAAGAUCAACGUGAAUGGCCAGUGGGAAGGCGAGUGCAAGGGCAAGAAAGGUCACUUUCCCUUCACACAUGUCCGCCUGCUCGACCAGCAACAGCCUGAGGAAGAGAGCUGAGACACACACACACACACACAAGCACACACUUACACACUCACACACUGCUGCAGUUCUCUAUAUUCAACCUGUUUUUUGUGUCCACUCAAAUUGCUACAUCUAAAUCUACGUCUAGUAUUGGACGAUCGUCAUACUGCAAACACGCACCGAUAUCAAGCUUCACUUAACACACAUCAUUAAACAAUAGUGUAGAGUAUGUAUACACAUCUGCGGUACAGAGCACCGUGUAAUGAAACUCGCAGGUAGGCACAGAUUAGUCAUAGCAGUGCCUGGUGAAUAAAUUCAUAUGCAAAAGGAAUCCUUUGGAUGAAGAGCUCGACUGCUACAAGCCUGCUUUGUGAGGGAGAAAGUCUUCCUCAUCUUAAACACGAAGGCUAGUUUUGCACAGCUCUCACCUAGAGCAAAGUUCUGAUGUGGUACCGACACUAUCAGUCACGCUCUGAACUGAGAUAUGGAAGCUAUGAUGAAGUGGAAAAAAAUGUGUGUGUGCCAUUACAUGAUAAAUUGAUUUCUAUUUUAAUGCCCUACUUUUGAUUUCUUUCAACACUUUUUGUUAUGUUAGUAUUUGACCCUUUGUAUCAUUCCUGACUCGAUGCAUUUCCAUAGGAUUCUUUCAGGAACAUUUGUUUGCUAAUAGGAAGUUGUCUCAAAAGAACAAAAUGGAGAUCCUCAGAAGAUGUCGGGACUUCACAUUCCAAGAUUCAUGAUACUGACUGAGAGUAUUUAGGAAAAAACGUACUUUCUUUUUUCUUUGUCCACAUCCGUCUCUGUUUGUUGUUUCUACCUUUUUCCAAUUAACUUCAGUGUAGAGACAGUGCGGCUUCAUUUGUGCACGUAUGUUCAUUAAAUAAUAAGGUGUGUUCGACUUCCGCUGCAGCUGGAUGUAACCGAUCGGCGAGAGUUACCGCUUGCGGUCGGGGGAGGAGUUUAAAACGGAGCCGUCAAGUCAUGCGCUUUCUGCUUCCCGUAGUGACGCUCGCACGGUGCUUGCUUUCUUUAUCACAGACGAAGUGGAUUAGAUGUAAUAUUUCUCAGAUAAACAGACUUCUGAAUUUUACACGUAGCAACCAGUAACACUUUUCACUCAUUAAGUUAAUGCGGUGCCUGUAUUUACAAGAAGAAAGUUCAACAUAAGCCUGUGUUAUUUAAAAACCAAUAAAGUGGGGUCUAUAUUUUUGAUCAGUUUUAUUUUGAUGAGCAUGACACAAAAUAACACUGAUUAAAUGAAAAGGGUCUUUUACUGUUAUAAAAAUACAGAUAUGUGAGCCUUAGAGGAACUAAAGGUUUCAGUAAUAAACUUGAAAUCGUUGUCGUCGGUGAGUCUGGCCAAUCGUGAAACCGUUGUCGUCAUCGGAGUUCAUGCAGCUGCGCUCGCUAAGGGAGCCGUCUACUCUCCUAUCACUAUCGCGGUACUUUGAUGCCAUAUGUCACAGUGACGCAUGAAGUCGAACACACCUUCUGAAGAGGUUCAUUCACUCCCACAGAAACGCUGACCACGCCCAUUCGCUCCCACAAACACACAGACCACGCCCAUCCUGUCUCUCGCACAAGCUCCGGACACGCCCAUCCUGUCUCUCGCACAAACUCGGGGCACGCCCAUCCUGUCUCUCGCACAAGCUUCGGACACGCCCAUCCUGUCUCUCGCACAAACUCGGGGCACGCCCAUCCUGUCUCUCGCACAAGCUCCGGACACGCCCAUCCUGUCUCUCGCACAAACUCGGGGCACGCCCAUCCUGUCUCUCGCACAAGCUCCGGACACGCCCAUCCUGUCUCUCGCACAAGCUCCGGACACGCCCAUCCUGUCUCUCGCACAAGCUCCGGACACGCCCAUUCACUGACACAAAAACUGACAACACCCAGCUGCUCCAUCGUGUCUGGCUGCGAUCAUGGAAACUGACCAUGCCCACCUUCUCCUUCAGAAACUGACCACGCCCACUCACUUCCACAAAAACUGACCAUGCCCCCUGCUUUCUUGCCUGCCUACUCUCACAGAAACAGACUGCACCCACCUGCUCCCACAAAAUCUUUGAUUAUGCCCAUCCACAAAAACUAAAGGCUGUAAUGCUUCUAGGCCAUAAAAUCAAAUCUACAGACAAGCUCUACUAAUCAAUAACUUUUAAAUCUCAUCUCCCAGCACAAGUGAGCACACUUUAAAAACAACUACAGUAAAUAACAUUCCAGGUUUACAAUUUCACACAUCGUCAGCAUUGUCUUUUUAAAGUAGCUGUUUGAGUCAACACUGUGAGCACUAGCAUUUAUUCUGCCUCGCUAGAAACCUUUCUGUGGGUUACAGCGGAUCUGUGCAUCUAAAGAAAGGCAGUACAGAUAGACACAGACAGGUGGAGCAUGUGGGGUGUCAUUGCUGUCUUGCUCUUUCUGCUGAGUAAGUGACACAAAAAGACCAGCACACAGUCACGAACAGAUUAGGACGCACACUCGUUUCGUUAACGUUUACACGAACAGGUCCUUUAUCUAGGAGUUUGGUUUGGAUUUCAUGGGGCUGAUCAGGAACGGUUCAUUAGGUGCUCAGGAGUAAAACAUGGAACUAUAAGCUGUAGUUAUGGGGCUUCCAUUAGUUCAGGAUGUUUAAAUAAUAUUAUACAAAGUCCUCUUAGAGGUUAGUUAUGGGGUUAGAAUCAUACCAUUAAGAGUUUAAAUACCAAAAUCAGAAUUUGAAUAUAAUUGGUAUUUUGAAUUUUGAAUUGAAAUUGAAUUUUGCGGUUUACAUAAGACCAAGCUAAAGUCUGAAACUGAAUUUCAUAUUUAAUGGUGUACGGUUUAAUAUUUGAAAUUCGAAAUGUAGUAUGUGUGUAAUCAAUUUCUCUCUAUUAAUUCACAUUUGAUUUCCUUUACAGUAACAAUAAAAUUGUACCAUUAAUAUUUUAGAUCUCUUGCAUUUAAAUUCAAAUUCAUAAUGUCGUGACUCUAACGCCAUUGUCUGUACAUUUCCACAGAAAGAGCCAAUUUGACUAUUCUUUUUAUACUAUUCCUUGAGAGAACGUAACAACCCUAAAUUAGGAAUGAUGAAUGAUGAAACACAGUCUUGAAGCAUCCGAAGCAGUUUUGUGCUGUAUAAGGUUGACAUUUCCUGGCACUCAAUGUGUCCUCUAAUCGCAGAAGAUGUGUUGUUUUUAAAGCGGUUGAAUGAGCGGAUGAUGUAUUUAUUCGCCUAAAUGAAUUUCAGUGUCAAUCAGGAUACUACACUGGUUUAACACAUGCCAGACGGUGCCUCGUGACAGCUCUGCAGCUGCGAGGUUGCAUACGUCGAAUACGGAUAUGACUAAUCGUUGUCAAGAGAUGUUCGAUGCUGAUUUUAACACUGACUCAUGGACCUUCCUUCGAUAUGUCCUAUUGGGUUUACUCGAGUGAAGCUCAAGUAAAUCCUGUUUAGUGCUGAGAGAUUACAUUAGCAUGGCUGUAGAUUGUCCCAGAAGGCAUUGUGAUUUAUUGUAGUUUGUUUUUAAUAAAUAAGACAUGGACUUAUUUAUUAAGACACUAACAGACUGUACUAAUUGUUUUCUGUUGUUCUGCAAGUCUCAACUUGACGUAGUGAUGUAGCUGCUAUGCACUUCAUGCACUGUCACGAGAGGAAGUUGUCGACAGGACGUAAAAAAACAGUACUGAAACUAGGCAUGAAAUUUAGAUGACUGUACGAUAUUGAUCUCGCAAUAUGUCCACAUCGUGCUAUGAUUUAUCUGGCCGUUGUGAACAGCAUCAGAUAUGGGCGCUCAUGUAACUCUUGUGUCUUCCAUGCUUCCAUGUUUGUACAUUUUGUAAUGUGUUUGUUGUUGUAAAUAUUUAAAAAUGUAUGAACUUUUCAUAAUAUGUUUGCAGAUUAUCGUGUUGAUGCUUAGUUAGACAAACUCAGCAGAAUUCAGAAGUGAUGCGUAUUGUUGAUUGUGAAAAAGUAUCAUGGUACAUAAUAUUUUCACCAGGUCCUAACAUAUAAGUAACGGCUGUUGAGUCACAUCAGCUUUUUAAACCACUUAUUGUAACCAUGUCUUUUUUUUCGUCGUUGUCUUCUUUUUUUUCUUUUCUUUUCUUUUCUUUCCCCUCCAUAAUUUGAGGUGUUUGUCCAGAAGUGGACGUGCAACGAUGCUUUCCCCUCAUUGGCAUGAGGUUAAUCAGUGAUUCACUAUUAUACCACUAUUUCCGUUAUUUUAUUGACACGUCUGUGGUCAGAAUGACUCUUUUGUAACUCGGGCUCUUUGUGCUUCUUGAAAAAAAAGGGUACAUACUGUACUGAGAAAUGAAUACAUUAAAAGUUAAACUGGAGAAAAGAGAGUGGGAGAACUUGACUAAACCGCUCUGUUUGUUUAAAAAAAAACAAACAAAAAAAAACAACAACUCUGAUAUGCUCAUAUACAUGAAUGUGUAUUAAUGCUUUGGACUGAGGGUUGAUUUCAUACGUAUGUAGUAAAGGUUACACAAUUUCUGGAGAAACCGCACAUUUCAGACAAAACUUCAUCUGCAGAACAAGUAAAGUGUUUUUGCUUUUUUCCAAACGUACAGUUUUUCUAGCUUUUACUGCAUUUGUAAGAAAUACUUAAGCACACUGCAGUAUAUAUACUGUAUAUAUAAACCAUUUGUUUCUUUUUUAAUAGCAUAGGAAAGAGGUUCUCCAGCUUCCAGCAAGUCUCAGACUACCCAUAUGUGUUUUUGAUGUGUCGUCUUGCACAUUUUACUAAAUACUAAUAAUUUGGUUAAAGUACAUGAAUGUGUCUUGGAAAAACCCACCUUCUGGUGCGAUUCAUCAUAUACAGUUUUACUUAGGUUUACAGUAAUUAUCAUUAAAAAAAAAAAGAGAGCAGUAUUUCAUCCUUAUGCAUACUUUUCUUCCCAAAGUGUGAUCACAAAGUUUUUCAUCCAGGAGGUCUGUUAUUCCCAAGUUUAUUACAUAAAAAGUUGUUCACCACAAUGAUUUGUGGUAUUAUGCACCUUACCUCCUUAAUCAAUCCCAUCUUGGUAUUAUUUGUUUUAUACAUGAAAAUGCUUUGCUUCCAAUUUUUUUCUUGCAUGGAAGAGGAGUGGAAAUAGUUUAUACUGACUUAUGAAAGUGCCAAUUGUAUUAAAGCUAGAUUUUCAUAUUAUGGGGCAUGUAAUGUGUUACUAUACUUAGUAAAUAAAAACAUAUUACCAAAGCUGA